GAGUGACGUGGGAAGGUGGGCUUGACAGAGGAAGAAUGUUUGUGGUUUUGUUAAAAUUAAGAGUUGCUGUUGUUAACUGACAGCUAUAGGCAAGGCCCUGGUCGCUAUUCGCACACAGCCUCCGUUGCGACUGUCUGAGGCGUGUGUCGCCGGGAAAUGGACAACCGUGGGAGUUUCCCGGACUGAAGCCAUUCAUUCGCAUCGGACAGACCGAACUCGCUGCUGCCGUGACAGCCCAGGGAUGGAAUAAGGUUUCCAUAUCUUUCCGGAUAUAAAGUUUGACAUAAAGUUCGCUGUUAGAGAAUUACUAACACAGCGAAUUACUUAUACAGUGAAGUUUAUCUUAUUCAUGGAUUUUGGUUUUCAUCUAUAACACGGGAGAAUUUACGUGUUUGUGUUUCUGUGAAAUGAUAUAUUUGAAUGGACGUAAGGACGGACUACCAACCUAAAGAUGACGAACUGGAGUAGCCUGUUAGUGUUUGCGGCCGUGUGUUUGGGAGUUUCCUCGGCGUUCACCUCGCGUUUCUUAUCGGAUGAAGCGGAUAGCGUAGCGGAGGCGCGUGAGGUUGGGCAGUGCGGGGAGUGUGACGAAGAGGCCUGCCCGACACUUCAGUACUGUGUUGCCAUGGUAGUAAAGGACCACUGUGGCUGCUGUAACGUGUGCUCUACCGAUGUUUACCAACCCAGUGUUCGGCAUGACAGUCCUACCAAGAAAGACAGCCCAUGUGAUAGCGUUAAUUGCCCUAAAUAUAAAAUCUGUAUGGAAAACAUGCAGGGUUUACCUUUGUGCACGUGCCCUAGUGUGUAUUCCUGCAGGCGGCGCCGCAAGGAGGUGUGUGGUACGGAUAACCUGACGUACCAUUCCCGUUGCCACCUACGCAUCGCCGCCUGCAACCUGGGCAAGAGGCUCAAAGUGCGCCACAAGGACGCGUGCACGGAAGACGAGAUUCAAGCAGGAGAACAAAACAUACCGAAGAGACGGACGAACAAGCGCAAGAUCAAGCGGAGGAAGAAGAAGAAAUCCAAACAGGAGAAAACCUUGUCGCAGGACAAACUGGCCAAGUUCGACGAGCGGGUCGAAGGGCGGCAACGCGACAGCAGUGAAGUUAAUGGCAAGCGCAGCAGGCGAAAAAAUCGCCGACAAAAGCGACGAAAGAGGAACAAAAGGCGAAAGCGGAUGCACUACAAGUCUCGCCGUGUCUCGCGGAAGUACAAAUUCCUACCGUAUAGAUACUGAUUGGAUAUUACAAGGGAGGCUCAAGCUGGUGCAUCAAGCGGUACACCCUGUAGGAAAUAUAAAUGGGAAAGAUAUUGGCGUUCAUGGCGCCAUUGAAUCCAGGGAUGUAUGGAAAACAUGAUUCCAUUGAUGGUACACGCAAAGUAUGCUGGGUACUAUAAUGUGAUGAAGAGCGAGUAGGUAAUAAAAAAUUCGUAGUUAAGACUGCUGAUGGUGUAAAGGCUUGUUGUUACCUAUUGUUGGGUUUCACGAGACUGGACUUUGAACAAGUAUCAAAAAUAUAGUCAUUGGAGAACAAUAGGUAGUAAACCUGACGCGCGUAUCAAUGAGAAAUACGCUGUAAUAUUUUCAGUUCUUUAUUCUGCAGUUGAUAAGCCUAGGAAUAUAACUCCAUGAUAUAUAUGCACAGAGUUGAAAUUUUACAGGGUUUUAUACAACAUAACAUGACCUAUUACCAUGAUGGCUAGAUUGUUAUCUCAAGCUAUUAAACUGAAAUCUAGAUAAGCCACCAAACAAAUCAAAAGCAGGACAAACUAUUUCCCUGCCAGUAUUCCGUAGCCAUUGACUCUCUUUCGGUGUGUCUUGUUUUUACUGCAACUUUGUCACAGUCACGUUGUCAGGCUUUGCUGUCAGUGUGUUGCGGCCUGUUGACUACUACCUGUGUCUGAUUGUCAUGGUCUGGCUGCCAUUGUCUCACUAUCCUUGUCUGGCUGCCAGAGUCCCAUUACCUGUGUCUCACUGUCACUGUCUGGCUGCCGUUGUCUCACUGUCCUUGUUUAGCUGCCAUUGUGUCACUAUCUGUGUCUGGGUGUCAGUGUCUCUCUACCAUGGUCUCGCUGUCAAUGUUUCGCAACUGAAUGGACAGAAUCACAUAAAUUUAACCGCAUAUCAUUGUGAAUCGGGCAUUUUUAUUCUAGUGAAAAGUGUAGUUACUGCAAACAUUUGUAAUGGUAUGCUCUUUUCAACACUCCCCUGUAAGUUUUGUGCUCCUAACAAUCUCUAAAAUAGAUCAGCUAUCAUAUACAAGAUAUCUUAUAUUUAAACUAGAACGUUUACAAAAGAGUUUUUCAAACAAAUUGCCCCGGGAGUCUUAGCAUUGUUUUUGUUAUCAAAACGUUGCUUUACACUAUCUAAAGUAUGGUUCUAAGAGACCGUGGCUGUACAGGCCGGUUUUCGUGACCCGUAAACCUUACCAACGUUUUUAUGGGUGACAACAGUGUGACGUAGUUAGGUGCGACGGCUGGAGACGUGAUACUUAGAGUGAUGUUUUAUAUAGACAGGAUUAAGAAAUGGUAGAUGUGUGAUUAGUGAUUAGUUAUGUCUAAUGUGUGAUGAUAAACGUAGUAAAAUGUGAGAAGGUCAUUUGAUUGUUUUCCCUUAUACUUGAUUCAUAAGGGAAGGGUAAGAAAAUCAUAUUUUGUGUCGUGUCAUACAAUCACGGAAAAAUAUUCAUAAUCGUGAUAAAAGUAGCACAUGUAGUAGUCUACGGUACAUGCAUAUUUCGAAGAAAUCGUGUUUUCCGUUUCCGAUAUAGACAUUGAUGGGCGAAUAUUUCUUAUAUAUAUUUGUAAAUUUAGGACUGUCAUUUUUCUUGUUCUUUUACCACAAAUUAUAAGCGUAUGCCAACGACCAAUACUCAGUGCAGAGUUAUGCAUGUCUUACUCGCGCCUAAGCUAACAACACGCUAUAACCAGACGCUAUAUGGUAACACUUGCGGGUAUGUAUAGUUAGUUUUAACUGAUACCGAGUAGUUGAAACUGCUUUGUUUCAAAUAUGCGGGAGUGUGUGCCCGUAGAUUUCCAAUGUCUCAUGUUUGAAUAAUAUACACUUUAUGUUAAUAAAGAUUUUUUCAGUUAUUGUAA